CACUUCCGUCUCUGCUGCUGGGAGAGAAGUUUGGUUACCCGCCCCGUGGAGAGGCACGUAGUGGUGCUGACUGAUUACCGGGGAACCGGGAUACUGUACGGUUGUAUCGGACAUGUCAGCCAGGUCAGACCGAGACACUGGCAGCCGCUGGCAUCGGAGAAAGAGCUCUACAGACGGCCAGCAGCACCGGCAGGCGGCGGAGAAAUCAAACCAACGUCAAAGAAUGGUGCGUGGUUUCUCCAGAAAUGCUGCAAGUCUGAAGGGAACUCUGUCAACAUGUGAGGAAAACUUCCCAACAGCUCUGCCCAUGCUUUUGGAUGUGGUUACGGGUCGUGAGCGUCUUCCUGCAGAUGAGGAGUCGCAGGAAAUGCUGAGAGGGAAACUGCGCAUUCUGCAAGCUGACAGCACCGAGGUCAACGCUCUAUUCAUGGAGUUGUCCACUCAUCUCAUCUCCAUCAACAGUGAAGAAAAUGUUAUUUUUGUGACAUUCAGAACAUUUGAGGAAGUAUGGAAGUUCACCACAUAUUACACAAUAGGUUUCCUGGGUCAGUGUAUGGAGAAUCUAUUGUUAGACCAGAAGUUUUGGCUCAGUUCUUUGGAGGAGAACAUUGCUAUUGAGGUUACCAUUCAGGAGGACACUCUUAACCUUAUCUACAGAGGCAUCCUCAUGCAGGAAGGUUCAUUGUUUGCUAGUUGCUGUACCAACCAGAUGUUUGACAGCUCCACCUCUGGAAGUGACCUGUACCUGGAGCAGGGAGACAUAGCCCAGUUUGAGCCUCCCUUCCUGGGCUCAGGGUGGACUGUCCUCUGUCUGGCUGAUGGAGCCCGAGGCACUGCACCCAAACCUGCUCUCGAGCCAGUCAUCCCUUUUCAUCAAUGGUUUCUCAAAUCCAGUACAGACAGCAUUUUAGUUGGUGAUGGGAAACCUGGCUGUAACUUCCCUCAGCAGUUUGCCAGAGGAACCUGUCUAGCCACAGUGGAGUAUGAUGCUGAGGGCCCAGAUGAGCUAAGCAUGGCACCCGGUGAUCGCAUCAUUAUUGUGGGACUCCUUGUGUCUUGUCUUGAUUGGUUCACCGGGAGGAAGGAAGCGACAGGAGAAGUGGGUCUGGUCAAGACAAGCCUGGUGAAACCGUCCACUGACAUUUAUGACUCAGUAGAUAUUUGUUUGGAUGGAGAGGAAGGGACAUUCUUCAGUCUGCAAGAGGACAAAGUCAUAGAGGAAACAAUUGCCUUAUUAAAGAAGAAAUCUCAAAAUGACACUGGUCAUAACUACAAACUGGAUAUGAUCAGUUACCAAGACUCUGAAAAAAAAACAUCACUCAGCCCUUUAAGCAAAGUUGAUACUCAGCUGACUGACCUGAAGAGAAAUAUUCAGAGGAUUCUUGAUCAAGGAAAAGACUCAUCGCCAAAUUCUGUUGUGACCAUGAACGGGUCUCCAGAGGACUCGGUCCUGGAUACAGAGGCAAAAAACCCAAGCCUUCCCUGUUUCACUGUUCACAAAGAUGGAGAACAAAACAACAACACUGAGAACUUUAUUCGCCUGUUCUCUUUUUUGGAGGGACAAGACUACAAAGUAGAGUUUGGCGUCCUGUACGGACUGAGUUCUGAACUCCUCGCCUCCUCCACCUUCACUGGUCACUCUGAACAGGAUGAGCUGAUUGCCUUCCUGGGUGUUGCUAGGGAAACAGCCAGGAAGAAGCGACUCUUUUGGUCACAGACUCGUUUGUGCUUUCUGUUGGGAAAGCUGUGUGCUGGGAGGUCAAAGUUCAGCCAGGCCCGGGUUUACUUUGAGGAAGCCCUUAGUGUGCCACGAGAAGGCUUUAUGGACCUCAGGCUGUUGACCAGCAUUUAUUCCAACCUGGCUGCCAUAUAUCUUUUGCAAAAAAAUAAUGAAAGUUUCUUUGCUCUGACAGAGCGACUUGCUGCCUUGCUAGUGGGAAUCCCAGACUGCCUGGAAAGCUUAGAGGAUAACUCUGCUCUUAAAUACAUCCUGAAGAAAGCUGUUCUCUCUCACAACAAAAUGGCAGAGGCCCAUGCUUGUCAUCUAAUGGUGAAGCACCACUGGACUCGUGCUGAAGGGGUUCGAGUAGUUCCUUAUCUUGAGAGACUACUUGUUCUUUGUGCUGAAGCUCAAAGAACAUUUGGCAUCUCUCCCAGUCAUGGAUACCUGGUCCUGGGAAGGCUCUACAGCAAACUCCGACUUCCCCACCUCAGUGUCAGUUCAGCCAGGAGAGCUUCUCUGCAGCCCUCUGCUACACUGACUGACUGCCUUAGCAGUGUGGUUCUAGUUUUGGACAAUAUCAACAGACUAUAUGGGGUCACAGAACAGGAAGGUUCCAUCCCACCUCAAGUGGCUCCAUAUUUACAUCAAGCCCUCUCUUCUAUCAAAGUCCAAGAAGGAGGAAGUGACCAAUACCAUGUUUUGAGUCAUCAGCUUACUGUUUGUCUCUGCCAACUCUUUUGCAAGCACAGAAUGGUUAGAAACGCUAUCUGUCAUAUGCAUACUCUCAUCAACAACAAUCCACCUUCACAGCAACUCCCCAUCUCUGUCCCAGAAAGAAACAGUGCCCUAAUCUGGCUGGCAUGGCUUCACAUUGACCACAAUCAAGCAGAUGUUGCUUUGGAUAUCCUGGACUUGGUCCUAGCUUCCAUGCCAGAACACUGCACUACCCCUCAGGAAGGUGUGGUCCUCAACAUGCGUGGUGUGGCACUUCGAUGCAUGGGUGACCUCCGGAGGGCAGCAGAGAGCUACCAGGCUGCUGUUGACAUCUGCCAAGAGUAUGAGGACAUGCCAAACUGGGCUGUAGCUCUGGCUAACCAAGGGCUUUUAUGUCUGAAGGCUGGAGCUAAAGCUCUAGCACAGAGACACCUGACUGAGGCUGUGCGGCUCUUCUCUGAGCUGGAUGAAGAAGGUCAUGAGGCGAACUUCAUCACAGUGCUGCUGGAGUUAGGACAGCACUAUGUGAAGCAGCACCAGCUGGACUAUGGAAAAGGAUGCUACGAAUGGGCUCUGUUGCAGGCUAUCAAUACCAACCUGUUAGACUGCCAACUCACUGCAACUAGACACCUGUGCCAUCUGUAUGGGUGUGAGAGUCCAGACCAGGCCCAGUGUAUCAUCUACAGCCAGCACCAGGUCCAGCUGCUAAGACGCACAGGAGACAGAGGACAGGAGGGAGACGCACUGGAAGCCAUCAGUCAGCUCUACCUCACUCUGGGCACAGAAAGGGCAUACCGGGUGGCUCUUGACUACACCAAGAGCAGUUUGGGUAUUUUCAUCGACCUGGGCUGCAGGGAGAAAGAGGCAUAUGGCUGGCUGCAGGCUGGGAAGAUCUACCACCUGCUGGACCAAACUGAACUGGUGGACCUUUAUAUUCAGGUAUCACAGGAUGUUGCUAUGAGUACAGGAGACACCAGCUUCAUCCUGAAGCUUCUGGAAGCUGCAGGAGAUAUUUUCUUCAACAGCUGCCAGGACCGGGACAAGGCUAUCACCUUCUAUAGGGACCGUGCUCUGCCCAUUGCAGUGAAGAGCAGCAGUGUUCAUUCCAGGCUGAGGUUGUGUAAUAAGCUGGCUGAACUGAUGCGCAGUCUCAAGUUGUAUGGGGAAGCUGUGGAGUUUGCUCAGACUGCACUGGACAUUAGUAUCACUCUAGGUGAGCGUCUGAAUGAACGAGUGGCUUACCACCGUCUGGCCUCACUGUACCACAGUCUGGACCAGUAUGAACUGGCUGAACACUAUUACCUGAAGACCCUGACCCUCUGUCCAACACCUCUGCUGUUUGAUGAGGAAACACUGUACUAUGUCAGGGUGUACCAGACACUGGGGGACAUCAUAUUCUAUGACCUGAAGGACCCAUUUGAUGCUGCAGGCUACUACCACCUGGCUCUAGCUGCAGCCAUGGAUCUGGGCAACAAGAGGUCUCAGCUGCAGCUGUGCACUCGCCUCGCCACCAUCUACCACAACUUCCUAAUAGACAGGGAGCUCUCUCUCUUCUUUUACCAGAAGGCAAGAGGAUUUGCAGCAGAGCUGAACAUGAGGAGAAUUAAUAUAUCACCGGAUCAGCAGUAUAGCAGCACCUCACAGUACAAGACCACCGGACAAUAGGAAAGACACUUUGUGAAGACCUUGUCAAGUCUUUGUUUCACAAGAAAAACUAAACAUUUGCUAAGCGUCUAAAUUAAACACUCUAUACUCUGUAACACUAUAUGAUUUCUGGGAGUGCCCCUCUUGUAGUGUUGAGUUCAGUGUCUACAGUGUACAAAAGUUCAAACAGUUGUUUGAAGCCUGUUGGACAUUGAAUUUGCAACCUAUGAGGAGCAGAUUAGUCCAUGUGGGUUUUAUCUCCCAUUCUAUUGAUUUCUUUUAGCUAGUGGUGAGAUAGAGAGAGACAGAGGCUAGGUUGAAGGAAGGGCUCACUGGUUCUGGAAGUGUUUAUCCCCAUUCUGUAUUCCCAUUUCAAAUGUUUCUUUACACUGCAGAUUGUGCUAUUAGUCUUCUCAACAGUAUGAUCUUAAGCUUUCACUUGCCGUUAGUGGCGCACAUAAAGAAAUUUGAACCUCG